GAUAUGCCUCAACCUGCGGCCUGGUGUGCUUCUGUGCUUGAGCCAUUGAGAGUCAUCUCAGAUAAUCUCAGCUUUUGCUGGCUCAAGUGUGAGAGUUAAACGCUGGUGGUCCACCGGUCUCAUGGUUUUAUGUCUUCACAACCGGACCGUGCUGGAACGCUUUCGAGUGCUUUGCACAAUAUGCCUCGUCUUCGAUGGGAUAUUCGCGCUGAUUUUUGCCCUCUCCGGGCUGAAUGCCAGUGCCUACUCCGCGGAGACGCUUUGCUACGAGGAGAAUGGCUACUCGUGGCACAACAUUCUUGCCUUGAGUUUCAUCAUCUCCGCAGUCUUCGCAGCAUGGGGUGUGCUUUUGCAUGGUGCUGUGGUGAUCAGUGGCGAGGGUGCGCCAAUGAAGGCAGCGCAGCUGGUAGGGGUCUCUCGAUAUGGCCAUAUACUGGUGGCCUGGACGUUCAUAGCAGCCGUCCUGGAGGCAAUAGCUGCUCGUCAGCAGCCAAUAGAGUGCAGUUCCCAGACGACUGCUGUACUAGCAGAGCCAGCCAUGGGAGAUGGCACUGGUGGCCUCCACUCAGACCAACUCCAUGUGAAUGCAGUCUGGCAAAUGCUCUCAACGAUCAUGUGGCUUGUUUGGGUAGUGACCGCUGUGGCGGCGGCCAUGUCUUCGAAACGCAGUUUACAAGUCUUAGAAGAGCAGCAGGCGUCAAGACAGGACACUGAAGCCCAGAUGGUGGGGGUUCCGGUACAGGACGAGCUCCCAAGCGGUACAGUCGUUGGAAUCGCAACUCCAUCCAUCCAGGGCAACGGGGCUGAUGGUGCAGGAUUUCAGCCCACUGGACCCACUUUCCAGGGAAUGCCUGUAGCAGGAGCUGUGGCUGAUGGAGUUUGUCAGGGUAUGCCAGUGCGGGACGAAGCUGGAAAUGUCAGCCGUCCUGCGGGUAGUACCAAACAAGUCUAAGCAAAUCCGGCGAGACUUCGCAGAGGAGAUGCUUCAAUGUCAAAAUCAACGUUUCACAAGUGACCCAGAUAGCAAAGAGCCACAUCAUUGAUGGCAUUGGAAAGAGUUGUGACAAAGCCUUGCAAA